GACCCCUCUUGCUGACUGUCCCAGAUUGGGGAACAGAGAGAAUAUACCUAGCUGCCCAGGGGCCCCUCUUGCUGACUGUCCCAGAUUGGGGAACAGAGAGAAUAUACCUAGCUGCCCAGGGGCCCCUCUUGCUGACUGUCCCAGAUUGGGGAACAGAGAGAACAUACCUACCUGCCCAGGGACCCCUCUUGCUGACUGUCCCAGAUUGGGGAACAGAGAGAACAUACCUACCUGCCCAGGGACCCCUCUUGCUGACUGUCCCAGAUUGGGGAACAGAGAGAAUAUACCUACCUGCCCAGGGGCCCCUCUUGCUGACUGUCCCAGAUUGGGGAACAGAGAGAAUAUACCUACCUGCCCAGGGGCCCCUCUUGCUGACUGUCCCAGAUUGGGGAACAGAGAGAACAUACCUACCUGCCCAGGGGCCCCUCUUGCUGACUGUCCCAGAUUGGGGAACAGAGAGAACAUACCUACCUGCCCAGGGGCCCCUCUUGCUGACUGUCCCAGAUUGGGGAACAGAGAGAACAUACCUAGCUGCCCAGGGGGGCCUGUCUCCGGCUGUCCCAAACUGGGGAGAAGAUAGAACAUACCUAGCUGCCCAGGGGCCUCUCUCACUGACUGCCCCAGAGUGGGGAACAGAGAGAACAUACCUAGCUGCCCCUGGGCCCCUCUCACUGACUCCCCCAGAGGGGGGCUUAGAGAACAUACCUAGCUGCCCCGGGGCCCCUCUCACUGACUCCCCCAGAGGGGGGCUUAGAGAACAUACCUAGCUGCCCUGGGGCCCCUCUCACUGACUCCCCCAGAGGGGUGCUUAGAGAACAUACCUAGCUGCCCCGGGCCCCUCUCACUGACUCCCCCAGAGGGGUGCUUAGAGAACAUACCUAGCUGCCCUGGGGCCCCUCUCACUGACUCCCCCAGAGGGGUGCUUAGAGAACAUACCUAGCUGCCCCGGGCCCCUCUCACUGACUCCCCCAGAGGGGUGCUUAGAGAACAUACCUAGCUGUGCAGGGGCCCCUCUCACUGACUCCCCCAGAGGGGUGCUUAGAGAACAUACCUAGCUGCGCAGGGGCCCCUCUCACUGACUCCCCAGAGGGGUGCUUAGAGAACAUACCUAGCUGCGCAGGGGCCCCUCUCACUGACUCCCCAGAGGGGUCCUUAGAGAACAUACCUAGCUGCCCCGGGGCCCCUCUCACUGACUCCCCAGAGGGGUGCUUAGAGAACAUACCUAGCUGCACAGGGGCCCCUCUCACUGACUCCCCAGAGGGGUGCUUAGAGAACAUACCUAGCUGUGCAGGGGCCCCUCUCACUGACUCCCCCAGAGGGGUGCUUAGAGAACAUACCUAGCUGCCCAGGGGCCCCUCUCGCUGACUCCCCCAGAGGGGUGCUUAGAGAACAUACCUAGCUGCCCCGGGCCCCUCUCAUUGACUCCCCCAGAGGGGUGCUUAGAGAACAUACCUAGCUGUGCAGGGGCCCCUCUCACUGACUCCCCCAGAGGGGUGCUUAGAGAACAUACCUAGCUGCCCAGGGGCCCCUCUCGCUGACUCCCCCAGAGGGGUGCUUAGAGAACAUACCUAGCUGCCCCGGGGCCCCUCUCACUGACUCCCCCAGAGGGGUGCUUAGAGAACAUACCUAGCUGCCCAGGGGCCCCUCUCACUGACUCCCCAGAGGGGGGCUUAGAGAACAUACCUAGCUGCCCCGGGGCCCCUCUCACUGACAGAGGGGUGCUUAUUGACCAUACCUAGCUGCCCCGGGCCCCUCUCACUGACUCCCCCAGAGGGGUGCUUAGAGAAUAUACCUAGCUGCCCAGGGGCCCCUCUCACUGACUCCCCAGAGGGGUACUUAGAGAACAUACCUAGCUGCCCAGGGGCCCCUCUCACUGACUCUUCCAGAGGGGUGCUUAGAGAACAUACCUCGCUGCCCCGGGGCCCCUCUCACUGACUUCCCCCAGAGGGCCCCUCUCACUGACAGAGGGGUGCUUAUUGACCAUACCUAGCUGCCCCGGGCCCCUCUCACUGACUCCCCCAGAGGGGUGCUUAGAGAAUAUACCUAGCUGCCCAGGGGCCCCUCUCACUGACUCCCCAGAGGGGUACUUAGAGAACAUACCUAGCUGCCCAGGGGCCCCUCUCACUGACUCUUCCAGAGGGGUGCUUAGAGAACAUACCUAUCUGCCCCGGGGCCCCUCUCACUGACUUCCCCCAGAGGGGUGCUUAGAGAACAUACCUAGCUGCCCCGGGCCCCUCUCACUGACUCCCCAGAGGGGUGCUUAGAGAACAUACCUAGCUGCCCAGGGGCCCCUCUCACUGACUCCCCAGAGGGGUGUUUAGAGAACAUACCUAGCUGCACAGGGGCCCUUCUCACUGACUCCCCCAGAGGGGUGCUUAGAGAACAUACCUAGCUGCCCAGGGGCCCCUCUCACUGACUCCCCAGAGGGGUUUUUAGAGAACAUACCUAGCUGCACAGGGGCCCUUCUCACUGACUCCCCCAGAGGGGUGCUUAGAGAACAUACCUAGCUGCCCAGGGGCCCCUCUCACUGACUCCCCCAGAGGGGUGCUUAGAGAACAUAUCUAGCUGCCCAGGGGCCCCUCUCACUGACUCCCCAGAGGGGUGCUUAGAGAACAUACCUAGCUGCCCAGGGGCCCCUCUCACUGACUCCCCCAGAGGGGUGCUUAGAGAACAUACCUAGCUGCCCAGGGGUCCCUCUCACUGACUCCCCAGAGGGGUGCUUACACACAUGGAAUUAUUACUGGUGAGGGCUAAGCAGGGCUGGGGGGUUGAUGGGCUCCUUUCUGUUUAUAGGAUGCAGGUUUGGGGUAGUUAGUGAGCCCAGUGGCAGUUUGCAGGGUGCACUAUAAGUUAUGGGCCGGGGAAACCUAAAGGGUAAAUCCUGCCCUAAGAGGCGACACAGAGCGUGUAGCUGCCAUACAGACGUCUCUGGGUGGGGGGAGUUUAACUUAGCUGAAGGAAAUCAUCCAGAGAUAUGUACAGACUGCUCCAGACAGGACCCAGAGAGAGAUGCUUCUAGAGACUGCACCCAGAGAGACACUGCUGAUAGCAAAGAGGCUGAACUAGAAACAACAUACAGAAGAGACUGCUCCGGAGCCAGGUCACAGAAAGAGACAGAAAGAUACUGAGCUGUAGAUUGCAUAGAAACUUUUGGUGAGACUGAACAAUGCAAAAGACUGGUGGUAAGAGAACACAGAAAUAGACUGCUGAUGAGACAGAGCACAGCAAGGGACUACUUUAGAAACUGGAUACAAAAAGAGACUUCUGAGAAAGGAGACAGCACGGUGCCACUGGUAAAAGAGGACACAGAAAAAGACCGCUGUUAUGAGUGAGUGCACAUAUUGAUCUGUAGUGGAAUAGAGACAUCAGGGAUAGACGCUGGGCUGGUUACACCAAUAGGACACACAACCCAAAGAUGUGCGCCUCACGAGCUCCCCUGAGGAGGCGGGCCAGCACCCCAUUACCUUGUGCCCAUCAGAACCGCCAGCGAGGAGCAACUCCCAUAAGGAAGCUAUACUCACCUUCUAAAGCUGCUGGGAGUGCCCACUGCAGUGGCUCCUUAGACUCAGGGGUCUCGGAUGGGAGAAACGAGGCCCAUUUAAGAGUGGUACUACUUGGAGACCCAGGGGUUGGAAAGUCCAGUCUUGUGGCCAUCUUUCGAAGGGAGCAGGAUAGAGAAGCAGCAGAACAGCAGCUAGCAGAAGUGUUUGAUUGCACCCUGAUGGUGGACGGCAAGGAGACCACCCUGCUGGUCAUGGAUACGGAUGAACGCAACAUGAAGAAAGCCAUCGAGAGCAGUGAUAGCCCCAUGCGCCUCGGCAACGCCUACAUCAUCGUGUACUCAGUCACUGAUAGGGCCAGCUUUGAGAGCGCGUCAGAACUUCGAAUACAGCUUAGAAGAACUCGUCAGGCUGAAAAUAUCCCAAUAAUCCUUGUUGGCAACAAGACGGACCUUGUCCGCAGCAGAGAAGUUUCUGUGGAAGAAGGUCGAGCGUGUGCUGUGGUGUUCGACUGUAAGUUCAUCGAGACCUCUGCUGUCCUACAGCACAAUGUCCAAGAAUUGUUUGAGGGGAUGGUGCGCCAGAUCAGAUUGCGUAGAGAGGGGGCAGACACAGCUGAGGGUUUUCGCAUGCAGAGCCAACGCAAGGAGAGUCUGACCAAGAGGGCACGAAGGUUCUUGGACCGGCUUGUGACCAGAAACAGUAGGUCAUCUUUGAAGGUCCACUCCCGAUCCUGCCAUGAUCUGUCCGUGCUCUGAUAAGCUCCUCAGGGAGAAGGCCACCCAGAAUGAGCUCAGAUAUCAACUAAAUGCUUUUGAGCCAUGCAGAACAUAAUGGACACUGAUGGGACACUGUACUGGCUGGACAGCUAGCAUGAAGGACACUUACCACUCAUGAACUGAUUAUUUGUGCACUGAUGGACAGUUACCACCCCAAGACCAGGAUGAAGCCUGCAAUGAAGUUCAUCACAACUGAUACCUUUCUAAUGUCAGCCUAAUACCUACUUGCACCAAGCUCAUUGAUGUAUUUGAAAUGCCAUUCUGCCCCAUCUCUGUGGCUUUUGUGUAAGUAGAAUGAAAUAUCUGGUGAGGUUCUACCAUUUCUGACUCUGAGAGAAUGUAGAAAGUCAGGAAACUCUCCCUCCCCCUACAAGGUUCUAUGGAACUAUGCCAAGCACCCACUAAAUUCAGCACUGAGCAAACAGUGGAAAAUCUGAGCAGAAUGUUUAUGGAUGGAGGCUGAGAGAGGCUGCACGGAGAGAUGGGGAGUGGGGGGCGUAAAUGGAUAAGAAUAAACAUCAUGAUCAUUCUA